ACAAUCACUUAAGCCAAGUAGCAAACACUCCUACGCAGCUAGAGCAUUCAUUAUACUUUGGUGCUGAAAGAAAGAAUAUAUAUAUUUUUUUAUUUUAAGAAUACUGUUAAUCUAUAAUAUUACAAAGAAAGAAAGCCAAACAAAAGAUGAAUUUUUUCAGGGGAGUGAUAGGUCAGCCUGCGGGACCGCAGCCGUCUGGUGCCGAGACGAUUCAAAAGCUGUGCGACAGGGUGGCCUCCUCCACUCUGCUGGACGACCGCAGGGAUGCAGUUCGUGCUCUCAAAUCACUGUCCAGGAAAUACCGUUUGGAGGUUGGCACACAAGCUAUGGGGCACUUGAUUCGUAUACUGCAAACUGACAGGUCAGACUCUGAGAUUAUUGGUUAUGCAUUGGAUACAUUGUACAAUGUCGUCUGCAAUGAUGAAGAGGAGGAACAAGAUGAAUCAGAAGAGGAGGGCUCGCAGAAGCAGGCAGAUGACCUCGGAGCUCAGUUCACAGAUAUCUUCAUCAAAGAGCCAGAAAACGUCACGCUCAUACUGACUCUCUUGGAGGAGUUUGACUUUCAUGUGCGAUGGCCAGGAGUGAAGCUGCUCACCGCGCUGCUGAAGAACCAGAGCUCCCAGGUGCAGGGGAUCAUCUUGGUCAGCCCAAUGGGUGUUUCCAGACUGAUGGAUCUAUUAGCUGACUCCAGAGAAGUCAUUCGAAAUGAUGGUCUGUUGCUACUUCAACAACUGACUAAAGGAAAUGCUGCCAUUCAGAAAAUUGUCGCGUUUGAAAAUGCGUUUGAAAGACUUCUUGAUAUCAUUGCAGAGGAGGGCACAAGUGAUGGGGGCAUUGUGGUAGAGGACUGUCUGCUUUUGUUGCUGAACCUCCUCAAGAACAACAGCUCCAACCAGAACUUCUUUAAGGAAGGCUCUUAUAUCCAGCGCAUGAAGCCCUGGUUUGAGGUGGGAGAUGACAACUCUGGUUGGUCGGCCCAGAAGGUCACCAACCUUCAUCUCAUGUUGCAGCUGGUGAGGGUGAUGGUUUCUCCUAUGAACUCUCCUGGAGCCACCAGCAGCUGCCAGCGAAGCAUGCACCAGUGUGGCCUUCUGCAGCAGCUCUGCAGCAUCCUCAUGGCUACUGGCGUCCCUGCAGACAUCCUUACCGAGACUAUUAAUACUGUAUCAGAAGUUAUCCGUGGUUGUCAGGCCAACCAGGACUACUUUUCAUCAGUAAAUGCCCCCUCCAAUCCUCCCAGGCCAGCGAUUGUGGUGCUGCUGAUGUCCAUGGUGAAUGAGAGGCAGCCCUUCGUCCUGCGCUGCGCUGUGCUCUACUGCUUCCAGUGUUUUCUCUACAGAAACCUGAAGGGCCAGGCUGAGAUCGUUGCCACACUGCUGCCAUCCACUAUAGAUGCGAACUCCAUCUCUGCUGGCCAGCUGCUGUGUGGCGGUCUGUUCUCCACAGACUCUCUGUCCAACUGGUGUGCUGCCGUAGCGUUGGCCCAUGCCCUGCAAGACAACCUCAUCCAGAAGGAGCAGUUACUGCGAGUGCAGCUGGCCACCAGCCUGGGCAACCCCCCUGUCUCCCUGCUGCAGCAGUGCACCAACAUCCUGUCGCAGGGCAGUAAGGUUCAGACAAGGGUAGGACUGCUCAUCCUGCUCUGCACCUGGAUCAGCAGCUGUCCCAUUGCUGUCAUGCACUUCCUGCACAAUCAGGACAACGUUCCAUUUCUGACAGGCCAGAUCUCAGAGAACCUGGGAGAAGAUGAGUGUCUGGUGCAGGGCCUGUGUGCUCUGCUGUUGGGCAUCUGCAUCUACCACAACGACAACUCCUUGGAGAACUACACCAAAGAGAAGCUGAAGCAGCUGAUAGAGAAGCGCAUCGGGAAAGAGAACUUCGUGGAGAAGCUGGGCUUCAUUAGCAAGCACGAGCUGUACUCCAGAGCAGCCCAGAAGCCGCAGCCAGCCUUCUCCAGCACGGAGCAGAUGCUGUUCGACCAUGAGUUCACCAAGCUGGUGAAGGAGCUAGAGGGGGUUAUCACAAAAGCUGUGCACAAGUCCAGUGAGGAGGAGAAGAAGGAGGAGGAGGUGAAGAAGACCCUGGAACAGCAUGACAGUAUUGUCACUCAGUAUAAGGAGCUCAUCAGAGAGCAGGAUGCACGGAUAAAUGAACUCAAAGACCAGGUUUCAUCGAUGGCCUCCCAGAACGAAGAGAUGCAGGUGACAAUCGCUCAACAGCUGUUACAGAUACAGCAGCAGAAAGACCAGUACAACAUCCUGAAGCUCAAGCUGGGGAGUGACAGUCGGCAGCUUAGCAAUCAGAGUGAAGAGGCACGGAUAAACAGCCAACUGCUGAAGGAGGAAGUGGAGGAGCUUCAGCAACAGUGUUCACAGCUCCAGAGUCAGCUGACAGAAAAGGACACCCUCAUUGCAGGCCUGAAAUCGGAGAGAAUGCAGGCAAUAGAAACUGUCGCUGGAGGGCCAGAAAAUCCAGAACUCCUUAAGGAACUGGAAUUAUUGAAAAGCAAAGUUGAGUCUCAGACCACAGAGAUUGGCCAGCUGCAGGCAGAGAAAGCAGAGUUACUGAAGAAAGUGGAGUCUGUGGCCUCAGACCCAGCAUUGCCUGCAGCUGUUGGCCAAAUCAAUGAGCUAGAGAAACGACUGACUUCCCAGAAUGCAGAGGUUGAAAAACUCAAGGAAGAAAUGAAGAGUUUAUCAGAAUCAAGGACCAGUCUUGAGCAACAGCUAGCAACCGCUAACAGUACUGUGGCCAUCCUACAGACGGAAAAAAACAGACUGCUGCAGGAAGUGAUUGAGUCAAAAAAGGAGCAAGAUGACCUCCUCAUGCUAUUGGCAGAUCAAGACCAAAAGAUCCUGACAUUGAAAAACAAGCUAAAGGAUCUAGGAGAGCCAAUUGAAGACGAAGAUGACUUGGACUCCAAGGACCAAUUUGAUGAUGAGGAAGAAGAGGAAUAUGAAGAUGAUAAUGAAUAGAAAACAUCAAUACAGAAAGACAAAGGACAUUGCUGCACCAGAUAAUACACUAUUACAGGAAUGGAAGAGAGAGGUCCUCGGACCCAUUUUCAUUUUUUAUGUCCUGUCACAAUUUUAGUGUUAAAGUUUUAAACUUUUCCCCCACUGCAACCAAGCCCAAAGACCCAUAUCCUUUGAGCAUUAAUUUCAGCUGUGCAUUUCAGCAGAUUGAUCACAAGAACAAGGCAUGCGAGUUUCAUGGUAUGCAUCAAACCUUUCAACACCUUGUUCUAUAUGCAACUCCUUAUGAGCUGAAGGUGAUGUUGCAACAGUGAACAAUUUCACCACUCCAAAGGAUGGAGUAUGGAGUGUCCAGCAGUGGUAGAAUCCAGCUAUGCUUCUUUUGCACUGCUCCUGGGCACAGGACAUCCUUUAAUUCCCUGAGGAAACAAUGCUCUUUAAGAUGUGCCUUUCGCCGUUAGCUUGACUGGAACACACUUGCUUAUUUUUGAGUUUAAAGACUCAGAAUCAGGACUGCAGUGUAACGUGAUGAUCUCAACAGGCAAACGAGAAAUAUUUUUGCAAAUAUUGCAAAAUGCAGAGUCCAUGAUUUUGUAAGCUAAGGAAAAUAAAGUUUUCCUGUAGGAAACAAGUGUGCAAAUGUAAGACUGGUGACCACUUUAAGAAAUGUAUUUACUAUGUUUAGUAACAUGUGAGACUAUCAGAACUCUUCAUCUGAAUUACCAUUAUCUUCUUGUAGAGGUUUUGCUGUUUAAGAAAAUAAAUGAAUAUUUAUCAGGGACAAAGACAACAUACACCAUUAAGAGGCUGCCAUUGAAUUUACAAUGUUUUCAUUAAUCAGUACCCUCAAAAUAAUGAACUGUACCCUUCAAUGAAUAGUGUAGGACAUACUCUUAUCAAAUGAGUAAUACCAACCCAAGAAUUGAUUAUUCAAACCUUCAAUUUAGUAAAGAAAACUCAAAUAAGUGAUUAAUACUGUUAUUGCUGGCAAAAUGGCUUACAUAUGUGAAAGGAAAAUGCAUGGCUUAUAUCAGCAAUAGUUGGUUCUAGAUACACAACCUAAUAUGACUCCAUAAAAUUUAACUGUCUUUUUUGCUAACUGCUUUUUUUCCUGGAAAAAUGUCCAUGUUUUGAGUGUGUUCUGCUGUGUUACGGCAAGUAGAAAACAAUGACCAAUUCAUUGGUAUGCUUGAUAAUAAUAAUUACAUUCAAAUACAUUUUCAUUUUAGGGUAUGAGGGUGUCAAUUAAUGUGAAGAUUGUUCUUUGGAUUUAUUUAUUUUAUUGGUAUGACCUUUUUGGAGUUGUGUAAAACAAUGCAAAUACAGUUUUCACCA